GUGGAUGGUGAUGCAUGUGCUACACACUAUGGGAUGUAGUCAUGCAUGCACACAUUCAAAGAGAGUGAGGAUUGGAUUUUCAACUAAGAAGUGAAGAUUGACUUUUGGAGGUCUUCACAGCUGGUCAGAAACUAGACAAUCCUCACACUGAAGAACUUCAGAAUGGCUGUCCUUACGUUUUGCCUUGUGGCAUGUGCUUUCUAUCUCAUCAACGAGCUGGACGGAAACUCUGAGCCUUGCAUGUCGGCAAAGCACAACAACGCCCACAAGGUUUUUCUUCGGCGCCAUAUACCCGAGGGGGUGCCGAGGACGUGGGAUCAGAAUGCGUGGGAAGCGUUCCUGAGGAAGAUUAAAACGUGCAACAGGCCGACUCAGUCCUUCUUCCGUUCAAGCGAGAGAGAACGGGUGGAUGAGGUGUGCACGAAAUACGGCGGAAAGGUGCUGUCUGGGAACCUGUGUAUCAGCAAAGAAAAAUUCUCGUUCGUAACUGUGCGCGUCAACAUCGACGAAGGUGCAUGCGGAAUCCGGACCAUUCAAAAUGAGACCAAGCACAUUAUUCUGGCAUGUGACGAAAUCGGAGACGUGUGUCAGCCGGUUCAUUUUGAGGGGAACCCAAAGGCCACCUUGCCCAGUAAUAACGCCCCCGACUGUUGGGCCCAUUCAGGGGGGAGCUCUGGCUUCCAGGUGGCUUUGCAGGAAGUCUUUUUGGUCGUCGUUUCUGUAGUGAUGAUUUGUAGUUUUAACGCUGCAGAUUACAUUAACCAAUUUUAAGACGGUUGUUAUGUCUGUUAUCUAUAUAGUGCAUAUAUACAAGCUGUCUGAUAAAAUUGAGUGUUAUAGACGCUGACAAUAAGAUAUAUAACUUUCAACCAAGCAACAACUUGUUAAACCCAAAAUGAACAAAUAAAGGUUCCAGAAUAUAAUAUCUUUCAAAGUGAUUUAUAUUGUAAGGAAUAAACAUCCUUGAUGUAAAAAGA